CAAUAUCAAAUCACAGCUCGUGCAGACGUCUGUAUACCUCGCAUAAACCACAGUGGCGCAGGGCUUUAUAUCCUGGCUUGCCUCCGAUUGGUUACUUUUGUUUUUGCCACAGCUCUUAAGGGGUCCAUGCUUUACAAUGCCUUCGACGUCUAUAGCUAUUUAGACAUGUGUUCUUUCAACGCAAAGGACAGAUAGCUGACUAGGUUUCUCGAUAACGACGGGGAAGCGUGCAAAGCUGAUCUAGUUAUCUUCUUACAAGUCGCGUUCCUUCACUCUGUCAAAAUUGAGCUCAACCAAACUACGGCCAAUUUCCACGGCCUGACUAUGAUGGAUUACAGUCUAUAUGGGCUUUUCCCAUUUGCAAAUGGGAUACAGUAUGCCCAACAAGCAGUCCAACCUUACUCGCAAAUCGCACAGCUUCCGCCCACUUUACCCGACACAGCACAGCUACAACAACAACAGCAUCAACAUCAACAACAACAACAGCAACAGCAAGCUGCCUCGCCUGCCGAUGGGGGAUCUCCCAGCGCUGAGAACGGUGACAGUUCUGGACCGAAACGACUUCAUGUCACAAAUAUACCAUUUAGGUUUAGGGAUAAUGAUCUUCGACAAAUGUUUGGGUCAUUCGGUGUUAUAGCAGAUGUUGAAAUUAUUUAUAAUGAAAGGGGAUCAAAGGGAUUCGGGUUUGUAACGUUCAAUACCGCUGCAGAAGCGAACAAGGCGAGAGAAAAGCUGAACGGGACGAUAGUUGAUGGGAGAAAAGUCGAGGUCAACAAUGCAACCCCACGACCGCACGCGAAAAAAAGCCCGGCCCCCGCUAGAGGACCUUAUAGCAAUGGUCUAGUACGGGCUACUGCAGUAAGAGGAGCUAGACGAGGGAUAAUACCUAUCACGAAGUUCAGCACACGUGCGCUACCACAGCUAGCCAUACCAGCAGCAUACGAGGCGUAUCCGGGUUACGUAAGUUUAUACGAGGCAUAUGCGGAUCAGGCUUGUCUUGAAGCGUAUUUAAGAAGACCAGCAUGUGCAACAUAUCCAAGCUAUGAGCUCGCGGCCGCCUACAGUGCUUACCCUGCGGCAGCGUACGCAGCGGCCGCGGCAGCAGCAGCAGCACCAGCUGCCUAUCGCACUCCCGUCCCCGCCCCUCCCCCGCCAGUAGGUUACGGCACCGGAUACAGAUACGCUCCGUACUAGCGGCCGCGUGGGACCUGGUGCUCACUUAACACACACAGAUGAAUACAUGCGACCUCAUCUACACGAUGUUUCUGUGUCGUUCUCCCCAGUCCACUCUAGUUGUGCUCGAAGUUCUUGAUCGAGAAAGCGUGGGACCGAUUGGAAGAUUCAAGACUUUACAUGAAGAAACACACAGGUCAUCACAUGGACUAAAUGGGCCAGUUUUUUUAAAUAGCAAAAA